AUGCGUUUCACCAGUAUUCUCGCUUUUGCCCUACCAGCAGUGGCCUUGGCUCAGUCUCAAGCCUAUGGGUAUAGCGACAAAUGCCCACAGUGUCUAUCGGCAUGCGAGUUGGAGAUCACCGAGGUAGCCGCCGAGCAGUGCUACUACAGCGUGUUCACCGAGGUGAACUACAUUGAGUCUAUCUGCGAGGCGCAAGACGGGUACAACUGCGAGACGACAGCUGUGAAUGAUGUCUGUGGCUCGUAA